GCGUAAUAUUCCUAAAUUCGAAGGGCAUUUUGACAAGGUAUCGUCCAUAAAUGGCCGCUUGAGCAAAUUUACUUUCCACUCUGAGAAAACAAAGCAGCAGAGUCCAUCUCGCAAAGCCUUUCUCUCUCGGCGGUGAAAGAUGGCUUCUGAUCGAAAAGUUCACGUAUUCCAAGAGGUGGCAAAGCACAACAAGAACGAAGAUUGCUGGGUUGUUAUUGCUGGGAAGGUGUAUGAUUUGACGCCAUUCAUGGAUGAUCAUCCCGGAGGCGGUGAAGUUCUGCUAGCUGCAACUGCGAAAGAUGCAACAAAUGAUUUCGAAGACGUUGGUCACAGUGAUUCAGCCAGGGAUAUGAUGGAGAAGUACUACAUUGGUGAGAUUGAUCCAUCAACUAUCCCAUUGAAUAAGAUUUCCAUCCCGGCACAAGGGGGUCAAAACAAUCCUGCCAAGACAUCCGAUUUCGCGAUCAAGAUUUUACAGUUUCUGGUUCCCCUUUUUAUCUUGGGGUUGGCCUUUGCUGUCCGUAACUAUACCAAGAAAGAGUAGAGUCUUUCUAUUUCAUUAUGUCCACUCAUAAGGUUUAGUUAUUUGACGUAGACCAGGUUGAGUAGUUGAAAUUCACAAUUGCUCGUUUCAGUUAUGUCGUUCUUGGUUUAUGUCAUUGUUCAUCCGAGCGCCGGUCGACCGGUUUCUAGCGUCUGUUUGGUUAGAAGGUGAUUGACAGAUUGUACAAUGGUUGAUCUAAAAUUAAAGGAUUUUGCUUCUUAUUA